CACACCGUCAGUCAAUCGGUCAAUCUGGCGAGGGCAGUGAGUUCGAUCCAAACUCGUGUCAAGUCAAACCAUUCCAUCAAUUCAGUCCAUCGUGAUUCAGCUCAGUUGUUUCUGUCGGGGCCCCUCCUCUGUGUGAGGUCAGAGGCCGCCUGUUGGCGCUAUCGAGAUAGCGUCUACUGGAUGCUCUGUUGACACUUCUUGCCUUACAGACGACACAAAGUUCACUCAAGCUCUGAACCACACCCCUGUCGACCCUAGCGGAAGGCUGAUGCCCCAGACGGAGAGAAAGAGCAGCACACCGACACACACGCACUCAUUACACAUACAUACACACACAGACACACACAUAUCUAUCUCUCUCUCAUCACUUAUUCACUUAUGCUCCCAUGUCUCUGUCUCGCAGCAGUCGGAGCGUGAUUGCUUCAUGCCCCCCUCUGCAAUUGAGCUUCGCCAGCGCCAUCUUGGUCAGCACGCGGCACGCGAGCCGUCGUCGUUUACCGAUUGACCGAGAAGAGUGCCCGAAUCAUCACACACGCCAUCAGCUGACCGGCGUUCAGCAGCAACUCGCCAUCAAAACACGCCAUCACCCCACGAUCUGCCGCACGUCGCCACACAUCCCACUUGCUCGUCACACGCAGCGCCUGUUGGGAACCUCUUGUCUCGUUUGAUGUCGCAUUCUCUGUUGCUUGAAGAGCUGCUGAACCGUCGUUUGCGGGGGGGUGGGAAAGGGAAGAGCCAAGGACGCUGAAACGGUGCUGGAGAGACGGAUUGAUCUGCAUACGACCGCCGAGGAGAGGGCACAGGCAGGUGCUUUGCUUUGUGGGUUGUUUCCUUUUCUGUGUGCUUACGUUGUGCAGAUCAGCCUGCUCCAUAUGAUGUUGGACCCUGCCGUGCUCCUCGCCAUUUGACAUCGACUGAAUACGAGACACAGAGACAUGCAUGAAUGCCUCCUCUGGUGCCCGAGGUCCAUCGAUUGUCAUCUCACCUUGAGCAGCUUCGCCAGAUUGGACCUUGACCAGCACACGUUGACAGAAACCCUUCCACUCGGCUAUCUCCCUCGUCUGGUGCUCUCACCAGCUCGACUGCCUUUUCGAGGUGGUACUUUGCCUUGUCAACUUCACCCACCAACUCCAGAACCUUACUGAAAGCAAACAAGACAUAUAGAGUGAUACACACACAGGGAGGCAUGCCAGUAAGCUGACGCAUCCUUUGUUGUUGUGGAGCUGUGGUGCGUCAGGCCUCAGCAGCAAGGCCUCAUCAUAGAGGCUCUUCGCCUCUUCUAGCCGGUCCUGUGGCGACGGAAGGAGCAUCUCUGCAUGUAGGUCUGGGUGUCUUGCUGUGUCGUAUGAAAGCUUACCGGUCUGUGUAGCCUCAGCAAAUUCGCGAGAUUGUUCUUCGGCUCAGGAGAUUCUGGGCUCUGACGAACAGACAGACUUCAACGGGGCAGCAGCUCGCCAUGAGGACUGCGAUCUACUUACGAUCAGCACGGCCCGCCUCCACAGCCUCUCUGCCUCGUCAAUGCGGUCUGUCUCACACGGCAAGGAAGAGACAUGUAUGACACAUUCGUACAUCUGCCAAGAAUGGCAGCAGAUCUAGGUGGCGGAGUAUUACUAGUGAAGAAGAGCAGGUGGGCCAGAUUGUUGAGGACAUGGGUGUCGUUGGCGUCGAUCUCUAUGGCCUUCCGAUACAUCCACUCGGCCUGAGUGUAGUCACCGAGAUGACAAAGUACUAGUCCGUAGUGACCCACAAUGUCAGACCGCUCAGGACGCUGAGCAAGAAUCACAUCCUUCCAGCUCAUGAGCUCUCACGUGAUCUUGCUAUGCUUCGCCGCGCACCAACGCAUACAGCUCUUCAAGCAGUGGUUUCGCUUCUGUCGACCGCAUUCUUGUUGGGUGGUCCAGAUGAGUCGCCAGCUCAUACAUGGCGGAAACGUGCACUUCCUCGUCGUGUCUCAGCCCGAGGUACAGCCCCGCUGUCUCACCGAAGCCCUCACAUUCAUCCCCGCUCCUCUGGCAAGAGAAUCGCCUCCUCGAUAAGGAAAUGCAUUUGUCAUAGCAGGCUUCGGCAGCUUCAUAUCUCUGUAGCUGCCGAGAGAGAAAAGGAAAGGAAAGACUCUUUGACAAGUCCAUGCGGCUUCUGCUAGUAACCUGUUUUGCGACUCGAGCGGCCGCAAGGUGUGCUGGUGGCCACUCCGGGCAGAGUGCGAGCGUCUUGUUGAUGUGAUGGGACACCAGGGAGACACUGGAAGGCUGGGUUGCCUGCAGCACCGAACAAGAAGGGUGUGGUGAGAGCGACAGCAGCAUGAGGGAGGUGUCGGUCUACCAGAAGGAAUCUUGCAUAUGCGAGAUGACCCUCACAGAAAGAAGGUGCCUGCGCAGAUUCGCACAGAUGUACAGACCGAUCAACCUGCCAGCCCAUCAACCUGUCUCAGCAGAUGCUGGAACUGAUUCCGUGCGACAUUCUGAUGAUGCCACCUCUCCGAAUCAUCCUGGCAUGACACACGGACACAUCGAAUUUCCCUCAACCCGUGUGUCGGGCCUCACUUGGUCAGUCUGGGCCAAGGCAGCUGUCCCCUCGGCCAUUAGCAGACCGGUGCUGACAUUGAACGAAGACGAGUUCGCCUGCAUUGCGCAUUGCAGCGCUUGCUCAGGGUCCCUCUCCAGAUACAGACGGCCAAGAUCUGCCCAUGCUGCUCCAUCAUUUGGAGUCUGAACGUAGGACACAGCCGUCUGCCCAGCUCAGGCCGGCACGUCCCUGUGUGCCCACCUUUUCAAGAGCCCUGACGAAGUGACGUUCAGCGACCUCGAAAGUGGCUGCCAACCUUCCAGCCGCCUGAGCCAAUCGCGAGCGGUAUGGUGGGUCAGACGCAGCAGCUGUUGGUGUAGGAUGGGACUGGAAGAGCAGAAAAGAAUGCACAGAGAAGUUCGGUGCCAAACGCCGCACGUCGCUUACCUGAAGUGAUAAGAGACACGGCAUUGAAGAGAUUGAGGCAAGUGUCCCCCCUUUGCCGCGAUUCUCCCCCAGCACCUCCAACUGCAACGAGUGAUAAGAGAGGAAUCAAACCAGGGCAGACCCCUCACCUACCCACCCUACCAUUGUCUUGCCAUCCCAGCACACCUCUCCGGCUUCUCCCCCAGCACGCAACACGGCGUCCACCAGCGCCAGAUGACCCAUCUCGCAGCCAAGCAGCCGAACACAUGCAUCAUGGACGCCAUGGGGCCUCCACCUGACUCCUGCAUGACCAACAACACAGCCAGGAAGCCGCAUACGAGAGCAGCAGAGGCGGGCAAGAGGGAAGGUCCCAGAAGGCCGUAAAUCCUCAUCAACAGAACCAGGAACGAGAGGGGGUGCAGUGGAGAUGUCUUCACAGGCCAGGCCCUGUUGACGGCUCAGCACCGCCAGACACCCAUGACAAUGACCAGCGGAAGAUCUCAGCUGUCAUUGUGGUCAGACACCGCCGGGAAAGGGCCCUUGAGCGUACAGUACACAGUGUGAGCCUAUCUGUCGGUCCGGAGAGACUCGGGCCCGAGUUUUUCCAAGAGAGAG